AUGGACCCCUCCCUCGUCAAGAUCCCACCAAUGAAAGACCUAACAGCAGACAACAUCACCGAGAAUGUAAUCACAAUCAACUCGCUCUGCGAAGAUCCGCGCAUGAAAUACGUCCUAGAACGCCUGGUCACACACCUGCACGACUUCGCCCGCGAAACCCGACUCAGCAGCGACGAAUGGAUGACCGGCCUCCGCUUCCUGACAGAGGUAGGCCAGAUCUGCACCGACGUCCGACAAGAAUUCAUCCUGUUGUCCGACGUGCUAGGCCUCUCCCUCCUCGUUGACAGCAUUGACCACCCCAAACCCCCAGGUUCAACCGAGGGUACCGUGCUAGGACCCUUCCACACGCACGAUGCGGAGGAAAUGCCCUCCGGCGACUCCAUGUCGCACGAUCCGAAGGGUGAGCCGCUACUGGUUGUUUGUACGCUGCGCAAUACGGAGGGCCGGCCUAUUGAGGGCGUCAAGAUUGAUAUUUGGGAGACGGAUUCGUCGGGGCACUAUGAUGUGCAGUAUGCUGGGCGUGAGGAGCCGGAUGGGAGGUGCGUCAUGCGCUCGGAUAAGGAUGGUUUGUUCUGGUUUAAAGCUAUUACGCCGGUGCCUUACCCUAUUCCGCAUGAUGGGCCUGUCGGGAAGUUGUUGAAGAAGUUGCAUCGUCACCCGUAUCGCCCUUCGCAUAUGCACUUCAUGUUUGAGAAGGAGGGUUACGACCAUUUGAUUACUGCUCUUUAUCUCCGCAAUGACCCUUAUGAGACCUCUGACGCUGUAUUCGGCGUGAAGGAUUCUCUAACCGUUGACAUUGGCAAGGUUGGCCCUGAGUUUGCGAAGAAAUACGGCGUUCCCGAGGGCCAGGCCCUGUUGACAUACGACUUUAUUCUUGUCUCCGAUGCCGAGACGAGUGAAUUGCGCGCGCACAAUUCCAAGGUGGCGCUGGAUAAGCUCGGCCGGAAGGUCAAGAUCGUUAAUGGUCUGCCAAUUCCCGAUCUGGACUAA